AUGGGUGGUAUUGGCAAGACCACACUAGCUAGAAGAGUUUAUGAUGAUUCUUUGAGUACAUACCAUUUUUAUGUUCGAGCAUGGACAAAUGUAUCUCAAGAAUUUGACACGAGAGAAAUUUUUCUUGGUAUUCUUCACUCCAUUGGCAUAGUCAACUGUGAAGUAGAAAGAAACAAUACUUAUGAGCAAUUAGCUGAAAGAGUUUAUCGAAGUUUAAAAAGGAGGAAGUAUCUUAUUGUCCUAGAUGAUAUGUGGUCUAUCGAGGCUUGGCAGCAUAUGCGUUUCCUGAGCGUGACGGAAAGCUGGACUCUUUUACGCGAUAAGGUCUUUGGAAACGAUAGCUACCCUCCGGAAUUGGAGAAAAUUGGGAGGUGUAUUGGUCAUCAGUGUCAAGGGUUGCCACUUGCAGUUGUUGCAAUUGGUGGACUACUUUCCAAGAUUAGCAAGGAAACAAGUUCUUGGGAGAAUGUUGCAGAAAAGGUAGGAUCACUUAUGACAAGUGACACUAUGGAUUGCUUGAACAUACUUUCUUUGAGCUACAACCACUUGCCUCAGUACUUGAAAACAUGCUUCCUUUAUAUGGGAGUUUUUGCAGAAAUCCGUGAGAUCCCGGUCUGGAAGUUGAUAAGGUUAUGGAUUGCUGAAGGCUUCAUCAAGAAAGUUAAACAUAAAAAUCUAGAAGAUGUGGCAGAGGAAAAUUUGAGGGAGUUGGUUGAUAGAAGUUUGGUUUUGGUGGGGAAGCAUUGCUCCCUAGGAAAAAUCAAGACUUGUAAGAUGCAUGAUCUCGUUCAAGAUAUGUGUUUGAGAGAAGCCCAAAAUAAGAACUUUAUACACUUCAAAACAAGGUAUGACCACGAUGAUCUUCUAGAAAACAUUAAUUGUCUACGCCGUGUAGUUGAUUUCAAUAAUUAUAGACAGUUAAAUUAUAGAUAUCCCAGUGAACUUCCUAUACUCAUGCCACUCGCACUUUCUGUUUUCUUCAAACAUCCAUACAAUUUUUGUUUCCCCCCGCGAUCAAGCUUUAGAUUACUUAGGAUAUUAGAUGUAUGCUUUGCUCUUGUUACCGACAAUUCUGAGGCAAUAUCAGAACUUAUUCAUUUGAGGUAUCUUGCUUGCCCAUUCUACUAUAAGAUUAUGCAAUCAAUAUGCGAGCUUUGGAGUUUACAGAUCUUAGUUAUUCAAUAUAGCAAUAUAUGGGAUAUAUCUAUGACAACCCAGUCCCUACCAUUGGAACUAUUGAAUAUGCCUCAACUAAGACAUAUCGAUACAAAAGGCCUUCGACUUUUCAUACCUCGGACUAUAUCACUAAUUUCUGAGAGGGAGAAUCACUUACAAACGUUAACCGGAUUGGUGUCCUCAUCUUGUAACGAUGAGGUGCUUCUAAGAAUUCCAAAUCUGAAGAAGUUGGGAAUUUCACUUGUUUCUUAUUCAGUGGCUAAUGUAGUCAGUACUAGUGGGAGGUGUCAUUGUCUUUAUUAUCUUGUACAUUUAACUCAGCUUGAGAAGCUCAAAGUUGAGUGUGAAAAAGAUCGUCUGCGUUCCAGUUGGAUGUGGGAGAACCGGCCUAUGUCUCCUCGGCUAGGCAUUCCACAUUGUGAAAAUUUCCCACCAAACCUUAAGAAGUUAACAUUGUGCAGAACGUACCUACAAUGGGAAGACAUGAACAUUCUCAGUAAGUUACCUAAUCUUGAGGUCUUCAAACUUAAAGAUCACGCCUUUCACGGACAUAUUUGGAAACUAAACGAUGAAAAGGAAGAUGGAUUCUCGCGACUCAAGUUUUUACCUCUUGAGGACAAGAAUCUGACGUAA